AAGUAUCAAAGUGCAGCUGCCAGGUAUUCUGAGCUCUCUGCCAAAAGCCAAUGAAGUUAGAAACAUUUGGAUCUUUUUCUGGCAGAUUCAAAGCAGGAGAUAAUAUAGAAAGUAGGGACAUUUCAGUAACAACCAGGGAUUGUGGGUUGAGCUGCCAAAAUUGGGACAAUCCUGUUAAAAAUGGGACAGUUGGGAGGUGAGGAAACCAAGUUAUUUGUGAGGUCAGGUGUUCCCUUGUACUUAUUUCUACUUUAGGGCAGUUUUCUGAAUCAUGAAGCUACUGCUAUCACAUCACGUGUUUUGAUCCUCGUACAAGAAAAAGUGAACACUUAGCCCCGCCCUCUGCACACAGUUUUAAGAGGACAUUUCAAAACUAGUCGGCCAAGGUCAAAACGCAAGCUCACUGAAUAAACAUGUUCCGCGUCUCUGCUCAUGGCUGUCUCGUGAUGCCCCUCAACAUGGCUCGCUUAUGAGAGGCGCAUCCUAUUCACCAGUAACCCGCACCACUACCGGAAAUGGACACCUGAACAACUGGAGUUCCAAGCGCAGCUCUGAUUUGAUUUUGAGGAGCGGGGGGCGGGAUUUUCCUGGUGUCGGGGCGGGGCACCUGAGGAAGGCGUUAGCGGGAUAGCCAAUGGAAUGUUCAUGGCAGAAGGCCGGGGAUGUGCUUGUAGGAUUGGUGUAUGCGUCUGUCGGACAGUAAGGGCUGAGUCUGUGGAGAUGUUGAGGUCACUGUUGAGCUGAUCGGUCGAGGAAUGGCCCGGGACAGCACGGAGAGCCGGUUCAGGCAGGUGCUGGAGGAUUUCGGCGGCGCACAGAACGUGCUGCUCAUAGGAGAGCUGUGGGACAGGGCGCAGAGCAGGGACCUUUUGGAGAGCUUCUUGGACGCUGUGUUCCCUGGGGAGAAACAGGAAGGAGUUGGGAAGCCAAACGCAAAGGUCCCUCAGAGUUCACUAGCGGAAUGUAAGGGCCCCCAGGAGCCAGUGUCCAGGGCGUCGGACAGCCGAGAGCAGCCGGUUGAGAGUCCGGUGACAAGGGAAUCAGAGAGACGUCAGUUGAAGCCGGACCGGGCUCUGCGCUUCCCCUUGGUGUUCUUUCUAUGCCGGGCGGAGUCUCUUCGGCCGCGGGAUUCAAGACGACAUCUCCGAGAGAUCCUUAAGGACUUGAGGGAGAGGACACGUGAGGGAGCGGCUGUGAUUGGGGUUAUAGUGACGUGUGGGAGCGCCGCUACUAACGGAGAGUCUCUGUGUGAUGGUUCCGGUCAGGACAACUCCGAUGGCUUUGCCGGGGAUUCCUCUCAGGACUCUCUUGCCGAGAAUGUGGCAUCUCUCCUGUCCCUGCUGCAGUCCGUGUUCCCCCCGGGCAGUCGGGGUUCGCGCUGGUGGGAGGUUCGAGCGGCCGUAUUCCUCCAAGGACAGGACGAGACCCGCAAGGAUGUUCAGAACGUAGCGAGUGAGGCGCUGGCUGCGGCAGAGGUAAAUAAAAGUCAAAGGCCGCAGACAAAGUUGUGUUUUCCAUGGAGAAGGCGCAGAACAAAAAGGAAUUUUGUGGAGAAAGGCCACCUUGAGGACGGCACAGCCCUAAAUGUCAUCAAAUAUCCAAAUGGUGAAUGUACUGAGAAAUCAACGGAUGCUUAGUAGCUAAGAAGAUGUCCUGCUCUUCCUGAAGCAUACAGUGUCCUUCAUGCAAGGCCAGUGAGCCGUGACACCUACUAACUAUUAUGGUGCAAAGCCACUUUUGCUGGCUACAAGCGGGGCCUUCGAAAUCAGAGGGAGCACACGGCUCUUCUUAAAAUUGAAGGAGUCUAUGCUCGAGAUGAAACCGAAUUCUAUUUUGGAAAAAGAUGUGCCUACGUGUACAAAGCAAAAAAAAUAACACAGUGACUCCUGGUGGAAAGCCCAACCGAAC